GCCACAAUGUAUGGAGCGGUUAUUGCCUACAUAUUUUCUUUGUGUUUAUUUUUAACGAGAAGUGAGAUAAAUUACACAAUAUACCGUUCAGUGGACGAACCUAACCACCUGAAGCUGAAAUUCGACGGUUCGAUAGUAUUAUCUGAGUCGAGCGAACAGGAUUAUGGGUCAGGAAACCUCGAUUCUUUGCCGUUUCUUGCUGCCAUGAAUGACAUUCAAAUUGAUAGUGCGGUAUCAGACAGAGACAGCGAUAAAUUGGGUGAAAGGGGAGAAGUAAGAGCUGCAGAUGUUUCACAAACACUUUACUUUUCGAAUUCAGAAAGAGAGGAGGAUGACAAUCAUUAUCCCGAGUACGAAAAAUUGGAAGAUACUGAUACUUUAGAAAAGCAGAAUAGGGGAUUUACGGUCCCUUUUAAUAGUGCGGAGACUAGUGAAUUGGAGAGAGACAACAAUCAUUUCCGUGAGUCAGUGAAUAAUAAAGAUACUAGUUUCGAAGAGGACAACAGAGCGUUCACGCUAGGACCCCAGGAGAGAAAUAACAAUAAUCUUCGCGAGUCAGUAAAAAAUGAAGAUAGUUUCGAAGACGACAACAAACUGUUCAUGAAUAACGAAGGGAGUGCAGAGAAGUUAUCCUCGGAGGUGGAAAGCAUUGAUAUAAACGUGGGCAAUGAAACCUUAAGAGCAGAAUCAAAUGUAUCGACAAAUUCUUUGGAAUUACAGAUGGACAACAGUAGUAGCAGUGUAGAAAAUAGAGCGACAGACACAGAAAACAAGCCUCUACCCGAGCCAUUAAAGGAUGAACUUAAAAACAAUAAACCUAAGAUGAACGCCGGCGCCGACCAUCAAAAAAAUGAGAUAUCGAUGGACGCCGCACAUGAGACGAAUGAGAUAUCGAUGGACUCAGGACACCAGAAGAAUGCGGCGUCGGUAAAAGGGGAUAAUCAAUUAAUAAAGAGUGGAACAAAUGAGCCAGACGAUAUCUCAGCUCAGAAUAACGAAGGCAGUUUAGAAAAGUUAUCGUCGGAGGCGGAAAGUUUUGGUUUAAAUGAAGCGUUAAGAGCCGAAUCAAAUGAAUCGACAAAUUCUCUCGAAUUACAGACGGAUACCCAUCAGAAGAACACGGUACCGAUGGACGCCGAUCAUGAGAAGAAUGCGGCAUCGACUGUCGCCCAUAAAAAGAUUGAGGCAUAUAUAAGAGAAGACAAUCUAUUAAUAAAAACUGGACUAAAUGAACCAUUCCAUGUGCCAGCAACUCAGGAGCAUGGUGGGAAUAAAUCUGCGGCGGAACGAUAUCUAAAAUUAUUUGGAAAUAAAGACAGUCCGGAGGAGCCAGAAAUCCAGUUGCCAAAAAUUGACCUUACGCUUAGCCCUACGACCAGAGCCGUAAGACCGAGAACGACCAAGUUCAAACCGCACAAAGUUCAGGAUGACGAAAGGAUAAAGAAAUUUACUACGCACGUGUAUGAACAAGCUUUGAAGGUUUUCGAAGCGAUGAAAAAGAAAACGGAUCCGUACACGGGGAAAAAGAUCGACGCGCUAGCAGAGACGUAUAAGCAAAAAUUCAUGGAUUUCGUGAGAAAUACCAGAAAUGUGGACAUUAAGACUAGCCAGGGGACUCGGAACGUUAUCCUGCAUACCAUAGACACUUCUAACUUGAUCAUGAAGAGGAUUGUUAGCUUUUUGAAGACAGAUAUGCUUGGUAAAGGUACAAAUGCGUUGCGGCAAGGCGGAGCGCUGCGGAUGCAAAAAGAACUGGACACAGUCAAAUCAUUGGAGUAUGAACAUGCGUGCAAAAUGUUUGGGAUCUGCCACAGCGCCAAUGGAUUUAGAAACAAGCUACAAGUCAUAGUAUCCACGCUGCUCGCACUCCCGGACAGAAAACUCAUUCAAGCCAACGACGCCGCCACAGAAAUAUUUAAAGACGCCGAUCUAUCCAAUUUCAUAUCUUCAUACGCCACUCAAAACAGAGUCAGAAAAGCUAUAAAAUCCUUAGAAGACUUCGACGCCAAAAAACUGAGAAAAUCCUUAGAAGUGCUAUUCGGUGUCUUAAGUCAAUCGCACUUACCUCUAAUCGUAGAUCGGUCAAAGAAAAUUGAAAAGGUUUCCGUUAAACGGACUAUUUCUUUCCACGGUCUUCUAGAUGCGUUAGAAGACGCGAUUCCACCUACUGAGGGUAACAGAAAGGUCUGGGACGACGUAGCGAAGCAAUUAAAGAUAUGGAAAGACGGAGGUGCGAUAAACGUUCAAGAAACGUUGAAAAUUCUGUAUGAUAAUGUGAGUACAGGGGUGGCGAAGUAUGGAGAAAAAUCGGAGAAAAUUAGAGAGCUUGUUCAAGAUAUUGUAAAGAGUAUUAAAAAAUAAAUUUAUUGUGGUUUA